UCCGGUCUUAUUCCAUUACGGACACAAGCUAGGUCGAGCUUAGACCCGGUUGAGACGAGGUAACCAUAGUUUUAUAUAUUAAAACAGUAAUGAAAGUCUAGUGUUUGUUGUCUUAUAAGUGAUAAAGAUAUUUUUGAGCAAGUUUAUAAUUCUCUUCGAAAGUUGAUAGGAAACGUGUCGAUAAAAUCACACAAGGAGGGCAGAAGAUACCAUACCGGCAAACAAAGAAACCCUUUCUCAGAGAAACACAUCCUCAACACCCUUUAGUUAUGAGUCAUGUGGCCGUUGAAAAUGCACACGGUCUAGACCAGCAGAUUGCUGCCCUAGACUUGAAAUCUGAUGGCCAUGGAGGAGGCACUGGCAGGCGGUACAUUCCACCUCAUUUAAGGAACAAGGAGGCCUCCAAGAAUGAGUCUCCAGGUGGAUGGGAUGUUGGACGCAAUGGAUUUGUCAAUGGUUACCACGAUGGCCGUGACAACUACAUGAACGGGAGCAACACUUUUGGUAACCGUGGGCCCAUGCGUAAUGAUCGUGGAGGCAGAGGAGGUGGUUACAGAGGCAGGGGUAAUGGUUCCUAUGUCAUCCAACCAGUGCAAAAUGCAGGGUUUGGCUGUGAUAAAGAUGGAAGUGGAUGGAAUGCCCCAAAAGAUAAUGCCUAUAAUAGCUUUGGUGGACGUUCUGACAGGAACAAGUCUUCCUUCUACAAUGAUCGUGGAGCUUCCAGGGGAAGGUAUGAGCGUGGAGGUUUCUGCGGUGGUGGAAACAGUCGGUGGGUAGAUGAUUCCAGAGAUGAUGAGGACUGGUCCAAACCCCUCACUCCCAAUGAAAGGCUGGAACAUGAGCUGUUUUCUGGAAGCAACACUGGGAUCAACUUUGAAAAAUAUGAUGACAUUCCUGUUGAAGCCACUGGACACAACUGCCCUCAGCACAUUGAGAGUUUCCAUGAUGUGGAUAUGGGUGAGAUUAUUAUGGGAAACAUCACCCUGAGUCGCUACUCACGCCCCACUCCAGUACAGAAAUACGCCAUUCCAAUUAUCAAAUCGAAAAGAGACCUGAUGGCAUGUGCACAGACAGGCUCUGGUAAGACUGCAGCAUUCUUACUGCCAGUGCUGAGUCAGAUAUACACAGAUGGACCAGGAGAGGCCUUACAGGCUGCAAAGAACAAUGUCCAGGAAAAUGGCAGAUAUGGCCGCCGUAAGCAGUAUCCUCUUUCUCUGGUUUUGGCUCCAACUAGAGAACUGGCUCUCCAGAUCUAUGAUGAGGCUAGGAAGUUUGCAUAUCGUUCUCGGGUACGCCCGUGUGUAGUAUAUGGAGGAGCUGACAUUGGCCAACAGAUUCGUGACUUGGAGCGGGGUUGCCAUCUGCUAGUUGCCACACCUGGUCGUCUGGUUGACAUGAUGGAGCGGGGCAAGAUUGGUUUGGAUUACUGCAACUACUUGGUCCUGGAUGAAGCUGACAGGAUGCUGGAUAUGGGUUUUGAACCACAGAUCCGACGUAUUGUGGAGCAGGACACUAUGCCUCCUAAAGGUUUGCGCCAAACUAUGAUGUUUAGUGCAACCUUCCCUAAGGAGAUCCAGAUAUUGGCACGUGACUUUCUGGAAGAUUACAUAUUCUUGGCUGUGGGCCGGGUGGGCUCCACCUCUGAGAACAUUACCCAGAAAGUGGUUUGGGUUGAGGAGAGUGAUAAAAGAUCUUUCUUGCUUGACCUUCUGAAUGCCACAGUCAUACCAGGCGAGGUUCAGGACAGUAAUGGGGAAAACAGUGACAAACCUGGAAAAGACUCUUUGACUCUUGUGUUCGUGGAAACCAAGAAGGGCGCUGAUGCACUUGAGGACUUUCUGUAUCGUGAAGGCUAUGCCUGCACCAGCAUCCAUGGUGAUCGUUCACAGAGAGACCGUGAGGAGGCACUACAUCAGUUCCGCUCUGGAAGAUGCCCAAUCCUGGUUGCCACUGCUGUAGCUGCACGUGGUCUAGACAUCUGCAAUGUGAAACAUGUAAUCAACUUUGACCUGCCCAGUGACAUUGAGGAGUAUGUUCAUCGCAUAGGCCGUACGGGUCGUGUGGGAAAUCUUGGACUUGCCACCUCAUUUUUUAAUGACAAGAAUGGCAACAUUACAAAAGACCUCCUGGACAUCCUGGUGGAGGCCAAACAGGAAGUGCCAUCAUGGCUGGAAAGCCUGGCUUAUGAGCACCAGCACAAGGGUAGCAACCGUGGCCGCUCAAAGAGGUUUUCUGGGGGGUUUGGAGCCAGGGAUUACCGGCAAACCAACAGCAGCACCACUAGUGGGGGUUUUGGGAAUCGAGGCAGUCGUAAUGCUGGUGGCCAUGGCGGCAGCCGUGGAUUUGGUGGUGCUAAGGGGGGAUUUGGAAACUUCUACAACAAUGAUGGUUAUGGUGGAAACUACUCUCAGGUGGACUGGUGGGGAAACUAAUUUCCUAGCCACACAUGCACCUUUCCACUCCCCAUGAUCAGUGGGCCUCCACACCAAACUCACUGAAUGGAAACCACAUGUUAUUAAGCCAGGCUAUAAACCCUGUGUAGCAUUCAAGAACUCUACAGUACAUUAACACCUGUGAUUCUCUGACCACAUCCUGGAAUAAUACAGGAGAUGGGAGACAUUGGCCAUAAGAGGAAACUGUCUCCAGACUUGCUCGUCUGUAGAAAGACAAGGAAGUAAAGUGGAAAUGUUACUUGUUUUGGCUCUUUUAUUUUUAUUAUAAACUCCACAUUAUAUUGCUUUCCUUUGUAGUAAAGGAGAAUCAUUUGUGCAUCAAUGUACUGUGCCUUUGAAUUUGGACUUUUUGUCUUGUUACUUUUUUAAACAUCAGAUGGCUGACAAUUGGCCACAAUUGUUUUUUGUUUUGUUUUUUUUGUUCAGUUUGUUGUCAAAAACUUUUGGUUUUUGAAGGCACAAAUUAAGAAUAAUCAAACCUUGGCAAACUACAGGAAGGUUUGGCUCUGCAGUCAAAACCUUGGUCUGAAUAUCAAAUUUAUCACAGGGUCACCAGGCUCAUUUAAAAAAUGUACCUGCCCCUCCUUACAUUGGAAGAUCUUAAUGAAAAUGUUAAUCUUGCUCACUCUAUCCUGGAGAGGUACCUCUAAGGGAUAUGGUAGUCAUCUGAAAAAAGAUUUAGCCGGCCAUUCCAGUUUAUUAUACUUAACCUUGAAGUGAGCAGUUUGUACCUCCAUUCACAUCAGUGUUUGGAUGCACCACACUUGUAUACUUUUGACUCAACUUUUUUGGCAGCUAGUUCAGUAACAGGCUAGCUGUUUGGAGGUGUGCAAUUUCUUCAUUCUGUUCCUUACUUGAACUUUUGUGGAGUGGCAGUUGUGUUUUAUACAUUUUGAAAUGGACAAACCAGUGGAUUACCACAUUAGUGAAAAUUUCAGGUUCCAAUAUUGGGACUGGUGUUGGAGUGGACAGGUCAAAAAUGCCUAGCCCUCCUACAGCAAUUCAAAUGGCAGGUGUUCUUGUUUUUUUUUUUGGUCAAGGAGAUAAUCCAACAAAUUUCUGAAGCAGGCUUUCCUUUUUGUCACAAAGGAUAUCAAGGAGAUUUUCAUUUCCACUCUUUCCCCAAAUGGCUCUGAAUUUCAGAAUGCCCUCUGGUCUAGAGAGACCACUUCUCUCUAAGACCUCUGAAAGAUGUGGGGGAGGAAGGUUGGUGGAGGGAAAUCUGGAAUGUACACAGGAAGAGGAAUUGCACAGGAGGUAGCAAAGUCUAGUGGCGUUUGGAGUUUUUGCUGAUGCACCUUUGUAAUAGCUGGUGUUUUCUUGGUCUCUUGGCUAAUGUACUGGCUAUUGUCACCUUUCCCUCCCUCAAGUUAAUUAAGGUAUAAUAUGGAUAGUAUGGAGACAAGAUCAACAGUCACUCAUUCAACUGGCAGUGAUUUCCACUCCCUUUAAGCACUUGAGUUGUGCAGGAGGGGGCAUGAUACUAUUUUUCCUGAAGUGCAAUAGAUUUCUUCAAGCAUGUUGUGCCUUUUUGAUGUUUGUUAGGUGAAUGUGGUUAACUGAAGUGGAUGCACUUGACCAGUAUCAUGGUAACUCGAGACAAGUGGUGCUAUUUAGGUUUAGGCCCAUCAAGUUUUACAAAAAAUUUAUUUUGAUGCUCAUCAAGAGUUUUAUAUGAAAGUCUUCAAUGUGUGUGUCUUUAAGCUUCCAAUAUUCUGUGUAAAGACUGUAAAAAUGCAGCUUGUUUACAAAAUGGAAGGGUUCUCAGUAUUUAACCAGGAUUCAUUUGGGACCAGGGAAUCAGCAGUGGGGGAAUUUAGCUACUUGCACACAGAUUACUAGAUUCUACUUUUUGCUGCUAGUUUGUGUAAUUUAUUAAGCUGUUUUGAGAAAUAUUUAUUUUUAUAAACCUAAAAGUGAUUGUUUCGUGUUAACUUGACCAAAAGACCGUACAAAAACACUGGUACUUGAAUGUUGAAUGCCACCUGUAUGCGUGAAACUUCUAUUUUUCGGGGUAGUGUGAGCUUUUUAAUGUUUAAGGUCAUUUUGAAAUCAUUCAAGAUCCUCACUUAUAGACGUCUGGCCAAAUAUUCCUCCUAUUAAACAAAUUAAUUGGCAGCCAAAAUUCAACAGCAUGCCAAGGUUUGGACAACAGAUCAAAAUAAAUUUCUAAUAAUAUUCAUGCGAAUUGUCCCAGGGUUUUUUUAAAUAAAUGAUUUAAUUUUGCCCCAGUGAGUGUCUGGCUGAUGGCAAUCUUGGGGGGGAAAAACAUGUGGUCCUUUUGUUGGAUUUACAGAAAUUUUACAUUUGGAAACCUUAUUCUCUGGUUUGGUGCGAAAUUCAGCUAGUCUUAAUUACAAAGCUGUUGAAUAUAAGUAAUGUGCAUUGGACAGGACUGAGGCUUUUGAUUCACCAACCCAUGACCAAGAACAUCAGUGGAGCCCUUCAAUUGAAAAUAUGCUUUCUGUAACUAGUUUAAAUGUUGUUCUCUAUGUUCAUUGUAUGAUUUUAUGAAAAUAAAGUUAGAAACGGCAAAGUGCA